CCUGCGCGAGACUCUCUCCCUUCAUUAUAACCGUUGGUCAAAUCUGAGGCACCCGCCCCCUGUUAUCCAGUCUUGUGUGCGCCACCAUUGGCCAGCGCGCAUAGGGUUGUAUAGAUGCCAUUGGUCAAUUUUCCGGGCACGCGGACAGUGGUGGAUCCUUGUAACGUGAGCGCGUGCUUGAAGAAAACCGCAGGGCUGGAGUAAAUGAACAUCAUUUCAGCACCGACACACAAGGAGAGCGAGAGUAUAAACGAUUAGGAAUUGGAGAUACGUUAACGAUAGAUUACUUAUAUAUAUUUUAAACUUUGUCCCUUGGAUAAAUAUAUUACUACCGAUCUCAUGGUCAUAGCUGGAAUUUAAAGCGAAUUCGGCAAACCCAGUUUGCCCUGCUUCAGGGCAGCAAGCUGAUAGCGAGGGUCGGACUGGACACAACACAGUACCUGAGUGACCCGAAACAAAAUCCCAUUUUUCGGAUCUUUUCAGGUUUGAGAUUGGCCGGUUAAUUUUUGUCUUCAGCGGGAUCCCGGUUCGGACUGAUCGGGAAUAACGGGACCGAAAUAGAUUAAUCAUCUUCUGAAUCGACUGUUCCCCUUUUGAACAAUCUAUCCAUUCCCCGAGAACAUAUUUCUUUCAGAUCCAUUCUGUUGUUUCUGCUCAGCAGGACCUCUGUCAGGUUGCUGAAUGUAAUCCGAGUCUCGUUUGUUAUUGACUCAUUCCCGACGCUCCCCGCUCCUGGAUCCCGCGCUCUCGCUCGUUCUCAAGCGUCUCUCUUAGUUUAUUUCUUGUUGCAAUUUUACUGGUAAAGUGUAACCAUGUGCUCCCGUGUGUGGUUGGUGACGGAUCGGCGUAUCAGCGAGGAUUACCCCCAGGUCCGGAUCCUUCGUGCUCUGAAGCAGCGAUGCGCCGAGGAAGAGGUGGAGUUCAGGGCUGUGCUCAUGGACCAGAUAGUUCUCACCAUCACUGGUGGACAACUAGGCCUGCGAGUGGACCAGGAAGUGCUGACCUCCUGCCCCCACGUGGCAGUCAUACGCGUGCCCACCCCCUGGGUCCAGUCAGACAGCGACAUCACCGUCCUGCGGCACCUGGAGAAGAUGGGCUGUCGCUUGGUCAACCGGCCUCAGGCCAUCCUCAACUGUAUCAACAAGUUCUGGACCCUCCAGGAGCUGGCUGGACAUGGGGUGCCUCUGCCAGACACCUUCUCCUAUGGGGGCCAUGAGAACUUUAGCAAGAUGAUUGAUGAGGCAGAGCCUCUGGGAUACCCCGUGGUGGUCAAGAACACUCGAGGUCACCGAGGGAAGGCAGUGUUCCUCGCCCAGGACAAGCACCACCUGACGGAUAUUUCCCACGUGAUCCGUCACGAGGCGCCCUACCUCUUCCAGAAGUACGUGAAGGAGUCCCACGGGAAGGACAUCCGCGUGGUGGUGGUGGGGGGGCGUCUGAUCGGCUCCAUGCUGCGCUGCUCCACUGACGGGAGGAUGCAGAGUAAUUGCUCUCUGGGUGGCGUGGGGAUGCUGUGCCCCCUUAGCGAGCAGGGCAAGCAGCUGGCAGUGCAGGUGUCCAACAUCCUGGGCAUGGACGUGUGCGGCAUCGACCUGCUGAUGAAGGACGACGGCUCGUUUGUGGUGUGUGAGGCCAACGCUAACGUGGGCUUCAUCGCUUUCGACCGCGCCUGCGACCUAGACGUAGGGGGCAUCAUCGCUGACUACACGCUCUCCUUGCUGCCCAGCCGCCUCACCCGCAAGAUGUCCCUGCUCUCCGUCGUGUCCAGCACCAGUGAGACCAGCAGCGAGCCCGAGGUGUGCCUGCCUGCCAGCGCCAUCCCAGAGGCUGUGUACGCCAUGAGUGCUGGCUCCACCUCCAGCGAGAGCGACCCUGAGCUGGCUCUGCCGGACACCCCCUUCAACAUGAACAGCAUCAGCAGCAGUGAGAUCAAGCUACUGACUGAGUGAGGCUACAGGCUCGCACACACUCACAGCACACACACACACGCACUCACACACACACACACACUCACGGCAUUGGCAGGCUGCUUCCCUUUACAACACUCAAGUAAUUCAGUACGAGACCACGGGGGAGUGGAUUCUUCAGAGGGUGCUCAAUACAGCUAUGCCAGAAUAAUAUGGCUGCAAGUUAAUUUUAUAUUUGAAAAUGGUUUAACCAGGAUAGCCCAUGAUUCAUAUUCAUGAAGUAUGGGUAUUGAAAGCUGGAUGAUACCUUGGUGCUUAUCCCUUGCUCUUGUUAGUCUCUUCCCAGUCACCAUCUCUAACCACAAAGCCUCAUGGUUUCAGUUUUUAUUUUUCAGCUCAGGAGAUCAGCAUAAAAACAAGGGCAGCUUACCUGCAGUGAAGGCUCAUGGGAGCGUGGGGUGUGGUUCUCCUGCAUUGUUACACCACAUCAGCAGUUUCAGUGCAGUCUGUUGAUGUUGACUAGUUAAAAUGUAGAUUUGGCAUUCAAAGUUGAUUACUCCUAUAUAUCUCUAUAUUACUCCUAACUAUAUAUUUCACAGGCAGGAUCAUAAGUAAGUGCAGAGAAUUUAGAGGACAGAUGCAUCGGGAAAUGUUAUUUUGUUGCAUUGCCACUUGAAAGUAGAAUGAUUCACACAGUUGGAUCAAUAGAAAGCAGUGUCUAAUUAACUGAAGAAUACUUACCUAAUAAGGAUGCCUGGCUUUGCUGAAGAAUGUUGGGGUUCAGUAGACCUGAUUUCUAUUGGUCCAAGCUGUAGUGGCAGUGUAACUCAUUACCUGGCAACCGCUGAAGCAACAGUAUUGAUCUGAGCAGCGUGAGUGCCACCUACAACUAGAGGCUUCCAGUCUGCCUCCCUCAUUCUCUUUGGUACCAUUCUUGUUCUAGUGUGCUUUGAAACCGAGGCAUGCCUGUUUAUUAAAUAAGGGUUCAUAUUGAUGGAACUCUGUGUCCACUGUUCCUAGGUUUUCAAACACCAGGGAGUUCAGGUUGAACUGUGUGAAACAGACCCAUAUAAGCUCUUAUUUAUAGAGCAGGCUAGGCAGGAGAGAGAGAGAGAGGCUCCACAGUUCUUUUAUCUGAGUGCUUUGGUUUCCUCUGCUCCCUCAGUUUCUGUUGUGGCCCCCUGUUGGUUAAUCACUGAACAAAGAACCAGUGUAAGGGUCCAGCAUUUAGAAAGCCUUCAUUAAAACAGUGAUCUUGGUGACUGUAAUACCAGCUGUAUGGAGUAAGCUCUUACUUUUUCAUUUUGUAUAAAAUGUUAGUGUUUUAGCAAUAUAUGUUUACUUUCUAAAAUUAAACAGCAAGAAAUUCUAGAAGUUACUGGACAAUGGAUAGUUUGACUUAGGUUAGGUCAUACUAACUAAGUACUGUAUGCACAUGUAUUUUAUAGCAAAUACGUUGUUUCCAGUUGAUACACACAUUUUUAAAUAAUCAUAUUUUUUAUGACUGGACUUCCCAUUGCUAAAUGUACCCAGGCAAGCACAAACAAACAGAUUGUUGUUUUAAGAGCAGCAAUGGGAAUAGAGGUCUGAAAGCAGCCAGUGCCCUGAAACACAACUCCGUUCCUUAUUGUCUGAUUGCAUUGAGUAGUGCAGUGGAUACAGCUGACAGGAGAGUCAGGAUGAUUCUGCACGAAAGGUUUGUGAAUGGAUGCUAAAACAAACAUACCAGCAGGCAGCCUUCCUUGGGCAUGUUCAACUCCAGUCCAUCACUUCCAUUCAUACCCACCACGGUGACUAAAUCAAAUAAGCGAAGCACCAACUGUUUUAAUUGCUUUUUAUAUUGUGUUUCUCAUUAUUAUUGAAAGAUUUUAAUGAAUUUUGAUGAGAAAAAAUCAAAUGAGAAAGAAAGGGACAUUUACAGAAAUGCUCCCAGACCUCGCCUAUUUUUUUUACAGAAUCUGGCUUUUUCCAAUGUGGUGCUUCUGUUUGAUUUUCUCUUGCCGUUUAGUUCACUCCAUUCGCAAUGGAGCAGCAUGACAUUCCCUGCUGUUCUGACAUGCCAAAGCAGCCCCUGUCACCUUGCAUUGCAUCACUUUAGGUCACUGCUGUGAAGGUCGUCUGUGGCAGUCACGCACACACAGAACAUUUCAAAGUGUGCAGGACAACACGUGCAAGAGUCGGACCAAGCAUGAGGAACAUCAGCUUUUUAAUAAAUAGGAUGUUACUUGUAAUACAAAUGGAAUCCCUGGUAAGUGAUCUGUAAUAUAGAAAAGCUGCAUCUCCCCACUGUAAUUUCAUUUCAGUCAUGAGAGGCAAGACAGCAGAUCUGAUAGACUGGUAUAGGGUCGAUAGUACACACUCAGUUGACAAGGUUUUCCAUAUCCAAGACUGCACUAGUUACUGAUACUUCAAUGGGAAAAGGAUCUUAAAAGAUUUGUUCAGGAGAGCAGACUUUGCUGCAGAUUUCCACCACCUGUGUAACUGCCCUGAAGGAACCGAGGAGAAAUGGUCACAUAUUCUCCAGAGCAGUUCAAACAUCUUGCAGGCUUGUCACAUGUUGACCCUAGACCACAUGGUCAGGUGUUUCAAAUGUUGUUUUCAGUCCCUGUACAUGCUAGUGAUUCUGCCCUCUCUUUGAGUACCUUCUCUUGAAUGGUCUCUAAAGCAGAUUAUAAGCCAUCUAUCCCUGCAGUGGGGCAAUGACAAUACAGAAUGUCAUUAAAAAAGAGAAUUUCCUUAACGUCCUGUGGAAAGAUGGUCUGGAUUACCACAUCAGGUGGGGCUUGCUUUCCCCCUGUAUUGAAAAGAAACCCCAUUGACAUUUCAAAUCACUUGUUUCUUGAAGUUCCCUGCCAUGUGUAGAUUUUGGCCUUGGCUAGGUCCAUUUGACCAUUUUAUCCAAGAUGUUUUCCACAAAGGGUAAGUAUGAUGGCACAUGAACAAGUUGAACUGGUUUAGCUUUAGUUCACUGUGAACAUUUGCUUUUGUCCUUCCACUAGUUAACAUUGUUAAUACUGCUGCUAGUUAUUUUAAAGAGUCAGGACCUGUCCUGGAUCCUACUAUAUCAUUCCAUUGAUUCCAUCCAGGGAAGCAGCCCGGAUCAGUAAUUCAUUACAUACGUAGCUAGGAAGAAACCGAAACGUCAAACCAACACUCCACAGUACCAAUGUUAACAUGUGCUCUUUUUUUUCUUUGCUUGUUUCAUACAGUUCAGUGUUUUUCAUUUUUUUAUUUAUUGUAUAUUUAAAAAAAAGAGGUUUGUGUGUACUGAUCAGCUUCAAAGAGUAAAGCGAGAAGUUUGCAUUUUGUGGAAUAUUUUACUAACUGUCAACAGACAUGUAAAGCACUUGCAAUAAACUGGAAUGAACGUUCCUACUGGA